AACUGCUAUAUCUGGAUGGAGAAGACCCACCGGGGCCCAGGCCUGGCUCCAGGGCAGAUCUACACAUACCCGGCUCGUUGCUGGCGCAAGAAACGGCGGCUGAAUAUCCUGGAAGACCCACGGUUGCGACCUUGCGAGUUCAAGAUCGAUUGUGAGCCCCCCCUGAAAAAGGAGGGGAACCUCCCCGAGGGGCCCGUUCUGGAGGCAUUGCUUUGUGCAGAAUCCGGGGACAAGAAGCCAGAGCUGAAAGAGGAGGAGAUGGUCCUGGAUUGCCCGAAGGCGCCUGUCGGGGAGUUUCUGCACGACCUGGACGCGGAGGACUUGGAGGAGGACGCGCCCCGUCGGAAGAACAAAGCCAAGAGCAAGGCCUACGGCAUCGGGGGGCUGCGGAAGAGGCAGGAGGCGGCGCUGCUGGAGGACCGCGACAAGCCCUACGUGUGCGACAUCUGCGGGAAGCGCUACAAGAACCGCCCGGGCCUGAGCUACCACUACACGCACACGCACCUGGCCGAGGAGGAGGGCGAGGAGGGCCCCGAGCGCCACGCCCUGCCCUUCCACCGCAAGAACAACCACAAACAGUUUUACAAAGAGCUGAGCUGGGUCCCUGAGAACCAUCGCAGGCACACAGCUAAGAAAGCUCCGGACGGCACAGUCAUACCAAACGGUUAUUGUGAUUUCUGUCUAGGCGGCUCCAAGAAGACUGGCUGCCCCGAGGAUCUCAUCUCCUGUGCAGAUUGCGGCCGUUCAGGCCACCCAUCCUGUCUGCAGUUCACCGUAAACAUGACGGCUGCUGUCCGCACUUACCGGUGGCAGUGCAUCGAGUGCAAGAGCUGCAGCCUGUGCGGCACCUCCGAGAACGACGACCAGCUGCUGUUCUGUGACGACUGUGACCGGGGCUACCACAUGUAUUGCCUGAGCCCCCCCAUGGCGGAGCCCCCUGAAGGAAGCUGGAGCUGCCAUUUGUGCCUGCGGCAGUUGAAGGAGAAGGCCUCCGCGUACAUCACCCUGACCUAGGCUGGACCUUUCACCCCUUCCGCCCCCUUUUUAUUCCCCCUCCUUGGGUUGGGUGCUUGGCCCAUAGGGGCAGCAAGGAGGGGGCAGAAAAGUAGUGCUCUUCUUUGCCACCAAGGAUGGAUGAGUUCAGCGGCAGCUUCAGGCUUGCCAGACCUCCCUUCCCCUCCCAUGACAAGCCAAGCUGUUGUGCCCCCGAACGGUUGGGGCCCUUUCUGCCUGUGCCCCUCCAAGCCACCUCACUGUCACCAUAGGAGCCAGACCUGACUCAAAGCCAUAUGGGGGGGGGGCUUAGGGGAGCGGGAAGAGGGGGCAGCCGCCUCCCUCUCUGUCCGCAGCACCUCCUCUUUUUUUUCUACUUGCAUGUGAAAUUUAAGUGUUUUCCCCCUCCCUCCCUCCCUCCCUCCCGGUUCCUGUGAGGGGAAGGGCCACGCCCCAUGAGCUGUGGCCCAGAGGACUGUGCCUGCCCUCUCCAAGGAGCAGAAGCCACUCCUUUGAGGUGCCCCCGCAUGGGGGCUGGGGGGGGGUAGCUGAGGUCCUUUCCUGCAGCAGGAGAACAGGCCUGCUUGGGGGGCUUCUCAGUGUUGCUGGAUUUUAAAUGAAAGGGAAACAUUGACAUGAAAUUACAAAAAGGUGGGCAGGGUGAAAAUCUGCCCCCCCCCCAAGGGGCAAGAGAGGCUGGGAAAAGGCAGUCAGGGGUGUCACUUCAGGUUAGCUGGGGCACCGCCUGCCCCCUAAGCCCCACCUUGUGUACAUGGUGUUGUUCUGUUGCCUGCAUCUUUGACGUGCUUGGAUUGUUCUGUGCAUUAAAUGUGGUCUGAAU